AUGACCAGGAGCACAAGUUCUCGCAUGGAGUCGGAGAGCUGGAUGCCAUGGAUCUCCUCCAGCACCAGCUAUUACCAAAAGCAGGAGGAGAAUGAGACGGGACAAAAACAGUGCCAUGGGCAGGAGAUUCCUUUCGAGCGGCUACGCGCCAAGAAGCUGCUUGGGGAAGGAGGCUUCGGCCGCGUCACUCUGGUAGAGGACACUCUGCUUCAGGGGGAGAUGUACGCGCUGAAGAGGAUGUCGAAACGCCUCCUGGAGGAGGAGGACAUGACGAGGCGGGUCGUCGCAGAGAAGGAGAUGAUGUGCCUCAACGUCAGCCCCUUCGUGAUCACCUUUUUCAGGUCCUUCAAGGACGAGCACUUCGUGUACUUCCUGAUGGAGCCUGUACUCGGGGGGCACCUUCUGCAGGCCAAGGACAACAUGCCCGAGAUCUUCUGCAGGGACUCCCCGCGCGGCUCUGCCACGUGCUUCUACGCCGCCUGCAUCACGACCGCACUCGAGCACCUCCACGGGCACCACAUCCUGUACCGAGACAUGAAGUGCGAGAACGUGCUGAUUGAUGCGAGAGGCUACGCCAAGGUUUGCGAUCUGGGCUUCGCCCGCUUCUGCCUGAACAGGUGCAGCACCUUUCUCGGGACUCCGGCAUACAUGGCACCAGAAAUGAUUGACAAACCGCACAAGCACGACUUCAUGGUGGACUGGUGGGCCCUUGGUACCGUCGUCUUCGAGCUGCUGACUGGCAAGACACCGUUCGACGACGAGGGCGUCGACGAGGACGACCCGUGGAACCUGGUGAAGGCCAUACGGCGAAGCCAGGACAAGCCGCUCAACGAACAGGCGGUGCCCCGGGACAUCAAUCAGAUCGCGAGGAGCUUCUUCAGGGAGCUGCUCGUGGUGAGCCCCAGCAGGAGGCUGGGCCACCGGGGCGCCGAGCAGGUCAAGACGCACCCGUGGUUCAGGAGCCUGAAGUUCGACUUCGACGCGCUGCUCGCGCAGCGGCUCAGGCCCCCCUUCUGCCCAGACAUCUCCUACGAGGACGACGGCUCCCUGGCAGAGGAGGCCGCGUACCCCGGCUCUGCCGGCGGCCUCGACGGGGCGCCCGACCCCCACGGCCUCCAGAGGAAGCCCACCGGUACGCUGUGCGGUUGGGAGGAGCACUUCUGA